UCUCUGGUUCAGUCAAAGAAAAAGAAAAGAAAAUCUGGUGUAAACAAGCUGGAGAAAAUCCUCCAGGAGCUCCUGGAGUCUCACGGUGAAAGAUGGACAGAGGAGCUGAAGAUGGAUCUUCCUCGUGGCUUCCAGAGGCAUGGAGACCUCAUCCUACUGGGGGACAACUGUUUCACCCUGCCACUGUGGAAGAAAAUAGACGAUCAGUUGUGGAGAGCAGUGGCCGAAGGACUCGGAGCAAAGCGGCUGGCAAAGACGAGCCGAAUAUCCAGGGAUGGAUUCAGGUCUCCUGUGGUGACGAUGCUGCUGGGGGAGAACGGCUGGGUCCAACACGUGGACAAUGGCAUCAGCUAUGAAUUUGAUGUUACCAAGAGUAUGUUCUCAGCUGGAAACAUUACAGAGAAGCUGCGGGUGGCUGGGUUUGACUGCAGAGGAGAGACCGUGGUGGAUUUAUACGCAGGCAUUGGAUACUUCACCCUCCCGUAUCUGGUCCACGCCCAGGCUGCUCAUGUUCACGCCUGUGAGUGGAACCCCGCCGCCGUCGCAGCUUUACAGAGAAACCUCGAGGCCAACGGCGUGUCGGAUCGCUGCACCGUCCAUCCAGGAGACAAUCGUCAACUCCAGCUGGUUGGUAUUGCGGACCGGGUGAACUUAGGUCUCAUCCCGACCUCUGAGGACGGCUGGCCCGUCGCCUGCCGUCUGCUGAAGAGAACGACCGGCGGCGUUUUACACGUUCACCACAACGUCACCUCGCCGCCACGGAGCCGCGCUGCUGACGACGCGGCUCGGACAGUUCCCGCCAAGGAGGCUGACAGAGAGGUGUGGCAGACCUGGGCUGGCGGCACGGCAUGCCGCAUCGCUUCGCUUUUAAGGGACCUCACCGGUGCAUUGUGGGUAACGAACAUCCAGCACGUAGAACACGUGAAGUCAUACGCGCCUCGUGUCCACCACGUUGUGCUGGACCUGGAGUGCAGACCGUCGUGAGCAGCUGAAACCAGAACGAUGAUGAUGAUGAUGRUGRUGAUGCCUAGCCACAGGCUAACCGUGUUAGCUGCUGCUCRCAGCACAAAGGAUUGAUGUUUUAAUCCUCACUGGUGUUUGACAACUAGAUCUCUGUUUGUCUCCCUGGUUCUGACUCUUCUGUUUCAGUGGAACAAGUUCACAUCUACAAGAAGUUUAUUUUACUUUACAAAUAUUCAACCAAGUUCAGACAGAAAUGUUGAACUGCUUCCAUACAGGGGAGUCUGAACCGUUUGAUAAGAGCAGAAAUAAUGUGAAUCUCAUGACGUGACCUUCAUGAUCMUCAGGUCUCAGCUUGGUUCAGUACAUUUAGAUUUGUGCCCAAAUAAGGGAAUUUCUUCUUGAUCAAAGGUAAAUUUGCUACACAGAAGUAACGGAGCGUUUCCAGCUGCUUGUGAUGCUCCGUGAAGUUCUUUUUACUGCCUUUUUUAUUGGUGUAUAUCUUACAGAUUACAGAUUUUUUCUGAAUUCCUGAACACCAAGUAAUUACAGUAAAAAUAAAUCCAGUUCACUUUUUUAU